UGUUCAAAACUUUAUUAUAAUCGGCUGUGCCUAGAACCCUUACUACUUGCAUAUGACCUCAUGGUUAAGUGUCUGAUGUCUUAAGUAUUUAUAUAGUUUGCUAGCUAACGUCCCUCCUCCAGACGUGGGUCCCAGACCUCACAUUCUCCUCCAGACGUGGGCCCCAGACCUCACGUUCUCCAAACAUGGGUCCCAGACCUCACGUGCUUCAGACGUGGGUCCCAGACCUCAUGUUCUCCUCUAGACGUGGGUCCCAGACCUCACGUUCUCCUCCAGACGUGUGUCCCAGACCUCACGUUCUCCUUCAGACGUGGGUCCCAGACCUCACAUUCUCCUCCAGACAUGGGUCCCAGACCUCACGUUCUCCCCCAGACGUGUGUCCCAGACCUCACGUUCUCCUUCAGACGUGGGUCCCAGACCUCACAUUCUUCAGACGUGGGUCCCAGACCUCAUGUUCUCCUCCAGACGUGGGUCCCAGACCUCACGUUCUCCUCCAGACGUGGGUCCCAGACCUCACGUUCUCCUCCAGACGUGGGUCCCAGACCUCACGUUCUCCUCUAGACGUGGGUCCCAGACCUCACGUUCUCCUCCAGACGUGUGUCUCAGACCUCACGUUCUCCUUCAGACGUGGGUCCCAGACCUCACAUUCUCCUCCAGACAUGGGUCCCAGACUUCACGUUCUCCUCCAGACGUGUGUCCCAGACCUCACGUUCUCCUUCAGACGUGGGUCCCAGACCUCACAUUCUCCUCCAGACGUGGGUCCCAGACCUCACGUUCUCCAGACGUGGGUCCCAGACCUCACGUUCUCCUCCAGACGUGGGUCCCAGACCUCACGUUCUCCAGACGUGGGCCCCAGACCUCACGUUCUCCAGACGUGGGUCUCAGACCUCACGUUCUCCAGACGUGGGUCCCAGACCUCACGUUAUACCAACAACCUCAAAUAUACCAAAGGGUCAUAAGCAGCUUUGGGUUUUCCCUGGUUACAUAAAUACAGCCUGGAGUUAUUAUGAAUACUUGUUUGUUUGCUAAUGUAUAGAAGCAAAUCUGUGACAAUGUUUUGAAUUUUAUAAGGCAUUGAAUACUUAACCUUUUAGAUGCGUGAGUUCUAAAUAUUUCCGACGGUCCCCACAGCGUAAGUUAUUAUUCCGAAACAGGAGCUAGCUAGCUUUGGUUAGCUUCUGGGCUAACUUACCUAGCAUAAUACUCGUAGCAAUGCUACUACCAUGCUAUUGUUACUUGUUAGCAUAAGUACAUUUUGAAACCAUACUAAACCGUUUGUCGCAUAGUUUUUGUCUAUCGGAAAAUAUUCAAUUGUAAUGUUCGAAAUCGCAUAUAUGCGACGUUACGCUGUGAGACCCGCAUUCAAGCGAUCACAUAUGUGCGACACUAUUUCUUAACGGGUCAAUAUUCAAAUGUAAACACCACUGAAUUUGUUGGUUUUAAAUGCACCUCUUUUAAUAUUUAAAUAUUAAUUUAUUUCAACGUAAAAAAAAAUUCUGAUCCCAAAAUUCAAGGUUCAGAAAUUCUAAAAGAACAAAAUUCAGGCUGCUCAAAUUAAAAUGGUGAAAUUCAGAUCCAGAAAAUUUGAACCCAAAUCUUUUUUUACAAAAUAUUCUGAUUGCAAGGUCUGGGAUACCCAGUGUUUUUUUCUUUUGGCUCUAUUAUUAGAUUUGUUUGCAUUUUUGGCAUCUGAAUUUUACUGGUCUAAUUUGAGCUGGGAUACCAAGGUAUUGCUUGCCUCAGACCCAACCUCUCUCCUCAGACCCCAGCCUGUGAUUGGAUGACUGAUCUGCAUGUAUGACUGCCUGCAGCGAAACCUGGAUGAGAGGGGCCCGAGGAGAAAAAAAAUAUUGCAAGAUCCGGAAUUUUUUUCUAUUUACAUUUCUGAAACUUGAAUUGUUAUUUUUUUAUUUUGGGGAUCUGAAAUUUACUGUUCGAAUUUGAGCAACCUGAUUUACUGAAUCAGAUGGAUCAGAUUUUUUUUUCCAUUUUAAAGAGGUUAAUUAAAAACCAACAAAUUCGGUGGUGUUUAAAUUUCAAUAUUAAGUAUUCAAUGCCUUUUAAAAUUCGAAACAUUAUGUCACUGAUUUGCUUCCAUACUAAUGAUUUUACACCAAACUUUUUACACCAAGAAUAAUGAACCUGGACACAUCUAAUUGCUGUCUCUUCUGCCCCCAGAU